AUGACGCGGGAAAGCCCAUCUGGCACAACACCAAAGCGCUACGCUCUUCAGAAACACUGCCCCACGACUUCAUCUUCCCCUUCCUCAAGCUCUCCCGUCUCGCAGCUCGAAGUGCCCAUCGAGGAUAAGAAUCAAGACCAAAUCACAACCAUAUUCCCCAAAACCGCAGCCAUCGCCGCUAUACAAGCCAUAGCCGAAUCCCCCGAAGCCCGCCACAUUGCAACAUUUGAUCCACACGGCGAAUCGCCCGAGGCAGCUCGCCUCGCUCAAGAUGCAGUCACGUCUGCGCAUCGCAACUACUCGUGUCAACUCAUUAAGAAGCAGAAAUCGAAUAAUAAGAAACCGCUCGAAGCUCAUUACGAGCUCAAACAUCCUCAACUGGGGGUCUGUGCUAUUACAGUCACGACGACCACCGCCACCACCGCCAUCAGUCGUAGUGGUGGUAGUGGCGAAGUAACUAAAAUGAAAAUCUCCUUCCACCACCCCUCCGCUACGCCCGCAGCCAUCGCAUCCGAAACCCUAAAUUUGGCAUUCUUGGACUUUGCCCAUGGAGCCUGUGUCCUCGACUUACCUAGUCUGAUUGCACUCGAUUCGAGAUUUGUCGUGGAUACCGUUGUGAGCGCAUUGGUUGCUGUGGCUGUGAUUGAGAAUGAGAGAUUUGUGCGGGAGCAGAUCACGUUUGAAGGACCGCCGAAAGAAGUACAGGAACUGUGUGCUACAUCAUCAUUUCCUACAGAAAAAGAAAAAGAAGAAGUGGAAGAGCAGAAAAAGCAAAUUCAGAUUUCGCGACGAGAAGCAAAAAAAGAUGAAAAAUUAAAACAAGAAAAAGACGAAGACGAGCUUCCAGGUUUCACUCGCGCGGUAUUCGGUUUGAUGGGAAUGGGAAUUAAGGGGUCGUGGUGGGUUGCGAAAACGAGUGUGAAAGUUACUGUGAAAGGGGUGAAGAUGGUUGGGAAGGAGAUGAGAUGAUGAUCAUGAUGGAUUAGCAGGAGCUAAGGUACAUGUAGGUUCUAUCAUUACCUAUGAGCGCUGAUUAUUGCUUCAUUGCGGGGUGUACUUGUUCAUGUAGUGAGUGUUUUUAUAUGGUCGGUUGAUGUUUGAUUGAUCGGUUGAGUCCGCAGGUUCUUGAUAAUUUUUCUUAUUCUCGGCAGCCAGCGCCCCAAAGCAUCUUGCAAGUCAUAUCUAGUCGUCUUUCUAUCAGUGAAUUUAUAUCCAAUUUUUACAUUCUCUAUCCCAAAAAAAAGUUCCUCAACAGCUAUGAUAGAUAUCCGCAUCAAACUGGACAGGAAAUCUCUCUCUCCCUUCCGCGUCCUUCCUCACCCAAAUGCUGACGCUCGUCCCAGCACACUUGAACACGCCAUAGCCUUCACGAUCAAUCGUGACUUCUCCCUGCUCCCAACCCAACACAUCCGUCCACACCUGUCCCGCAUGCAUUUCUCCCACCGCCAUUUUGAUCUCGCCCGGACCUUUAUUACUCAUGACGCACGCCAAACCAGCCCAGUGCUCUUCAUUGCCGCGCCGGACAAACCCAAUGCAGUUCGCGUCGUCGAGAUAUUCAUCUUGUUGACCAUAUGCGUACAGCUUGCGUGCAAGAGCCAUGUCGGGGAUCUUGCCAUCUGCUGCGGGAGGUUGUGCUUGGGCGCCUUCGUUGCCUUCUUGCAGACCGUAGAGGUCGCCGUAGAAGAGGCAGGGGUAGCCGGCGUCUUGGAGGAGGAUGAGAGCGUACGCGAGAGGUUUGAACCAGCCUUCUACGGGUGUGUCCAUGGUUUGGCCGGGUUGUGUGUCGUGGUUCAUGACUACUGUUACGCUGGAGAUGGGAUCGGCUUUGGUGAGAGAGUUGUCGAAGAUGGUGCGGAGGUCGGAAUCUGGUGUCGUGCUGAUGCGGUUGAAGUUGUAGAGGAGGGGCGCGUCGAAGAGAGCGAAUUUGUGGUCCAUUUCAUCUAGCCAUUUGAGCAUAUUGUCGCGGUCCGAUGUCCAGAAUUCGCCGACCAUGAAGACUUCCUUUCCGUGCUUUUCGCGAACAGUGUCUACCCACUCGUUGGUGAAUCUCUGGCUGAAAUGUUGCACUGCAUCCAAACGGAACCCUUCCAGUCCCACUUCUUCGACGAUCCAUUUGCCCCACGCUUUCACGUCUUCUUGGACUUCCGGAUGCGAGUAGUCGAUGUCAGCGAACAUCAUGUAAUCGGCAUUACCUCCUUCGUCAUCAACGCUCUCGCUCCAAUUCUUUCCGUCUCCUUUCAAUUUGUAGAUGGCCUUUUUUUCUGUGGCAGCGUUCCAGUCAGUUCCCGAGAAAUGAUACCAGUGGUAGCGCUGUUUCGAGUACUUGUCCCCUCUCCCAGGGAAGUCAAACCCAAGCCAAGCAGAAAUCUCAUACGGCUCAGUCACUUCCUUCGUCCGGUCAUCAUCCGCAACUUCGACAGCAUGUGCCUUCUCUUUCUUAUCAGCACCGGCUUUGUGGUUCAAGACAGCGUCCCAGUAGAGUCCGAUGCCCAAUUCUUUCGCUUUGGCGCUCAACUCCAGCAGCUCGUCCUUGGUGCCCCAUUUCGUACGCUUUCCGCCUUUUUGAUCAAACUCUCCUAGAUCGUAGAGGUCAUAGACAUCGUAACCGUUGCCCUCGGGCGACGAGGCUUUGCAUCCCGGAGGAAGCCAGAGAUUGUCUACACCAGCAUUCUUGAGACUGGGCAGGGCUUUGAGUAAGCGUUGGUAAUGCUUUCCAUCCGCCGGAAUGUUCCACUCGAAGCCUUGGAGAAGGGUCGCGUUCUCGGGCAUCGCGAUGGUCGUGGGAUGGGGAAAAUGCUGCAGUUUUAACGGUAAUGUCGGUAGGAAUCGCAAGAAAGACAGACAACAAACCUUUCGACCUCCCUAUAAGAACAACCAGACAAAGAACGACAACUCACGUCAUUGUCAUUAUUGCCAUGGUGUAUACGAUAAGGGAGUGGGUGGGCGUUCGAUAGCAAGGCACCGGAACAGCCACAUGCUGAAUGUGCCAGCCUCGCGUCCUCAACGGCCCACCUUUCGCCUACCUCCUACUGGAGGCUCGGGUAGGGUCAAAGUAUCGUCGCAGUGGGAAAUCCGUGGGCGGUCUCGUAGCGGUGCGCUCCGCUGGCGAGACGGCGGUGCGCCUCUGACGUCGAUCUCCGCGGCGCGGUCACUGGGGGAAG